GAGCUUCCAAGUUCCCAGGCGGAGCGGAACUUCAGGCGCCGACCUCCUCGUAGUUAGUUGUAACGCUAAUCAUCAACUCAGUGCCGUCAACACCAACAAGAGGGACGUGCGAACACAAGUCCAGAUCCAUCAAGAUGGCCUCGCAAGCAGAUUACAAGGACCGUCAAUUCCUCGCGGUCAUCGGCGACGAAGACUCCGUAACAGGCCUGCUUCUCGCGGGUAUAGGCCACGUAACUACUGGCGCCGAUGCUCAGAAGAACUUUCUCGUUGUUGAUGGCAAGACUGAUACAGCUUCUAUCGAGGCCGCGUUUGAUCGAUUCACCGAGGACCGCAAAGAUAUUGGCAUCGUACUCAUCAAUCAACAUAUCGCCGACCGAAUCCGACAUCGCAUUGACACCUAUACCGCGGCUUUCCCUGCCGUGUUGGAGAUCCCAAGCAAAGACCACCCCUACGAUCCUGAGAAGGAUAGUGUAUUGAGACGAGUGCGACGUCUUUUUGGAGAGUAGGGGACAUCGUUUCACUGGGCGCAAGGAUUUGUUUCGGAAUAAUGGAGCGAGCACGGUAUAGAGGCGACAGUGAGGAUGGCCGUACAUGAUUUUGAGGUCAGCACUGCGUUUUUCUUCUUCUUCGACUUCAUGUUAUGCAGGGCAGUUCCUCCUACAGAGAUGCGGAGGAGAGCACGAUGCAGUGGACUCAUUAUCAAUAUGCUAAAUAGAUCUAAAGCCGCUGCAGGUUGCCCGGGAAGAGCUAGAAGAUUCGCCAAACCAAACGUUAACCUAGAAUCCCAUGAGAACGUGCCCAACGAUAAGUCAUGCCGCCAUGUGUAUGUUAUGAAUGCGCCAUAAUCCCAAUCACAGAUCGCUGCCGAAAAAGCCCUUGCUGCUACGAGAGAAAGUGACAGUUGCCGUGAGGCAGGUAAUUUGGACAUCAUCGGCGGUGAAGACGUCGGCCAGAACAGUAUAUUUGCCCUGAAGCGAAUUAGAAACAGGCGUGGGGGAAGCGAGGAAUAAUCACAUACCGGAGGGAUCUCAGCAGGAAGGUCUACAGUCUUGGUGAUCUCGACUUCGCCAGCCUCGACGGGACACUUCAGGUCGACAUUGCCAAUCUGCUCGCACAGAUCGGCCUUGGUGCUAAUAAGGCGAAUAAGUCCAUACUUGACAGUCAGAAGAACAUAAGCAUCCUGCUCAAUCUUCUGCUUGACUAUGCCUUUAGCCUUGAUCAAGAGCUCCUGGCCGCUAUCGAGAUGUUAGCUUCUCAUGGUUGUGCAAGUAUAAGCAGAUGAAUCGUACGCUUUGGGAGGGUUAGGAGCAAGGUCGACCUUGUCAAUCCUGAUCAGGUCGGCAGUAUGGUCUCCAGGGCACAGUUCAAGGGGAGAGUCGCCGGGAAUCUUGAGGUCGUCACUGAUAGUAAUAUCGGGAGCCUUGCCAUUGAGAACGCUCAAAGCAGCUGCUGGGGCCAGGCAUGCCGCCAGACAUGCCGUGACAGUAGAGAAUCUCAUCGCGCGGGGUUAUCUCGCGAGGUUUGAUGGGCUGUGGGAUACGGUGAUGUUUACGAAAAUAAUACGAAGUAGUAAUUAGAUGAUGGAAGUCGUGUGAAGAUGAUGAGAGUCGUUAUCAGGGCAGAAUGGUGGAUGGCGACUAGCUUAGUGUUAAAGUGCGUCAUGGGACUUAUCCUCCACUUUUUAGUCCAACAACUGGCCGAGAGCGGCUGGGAGUUGAUGCCUUACCGCCUUGCAGAUGACCGCGGGUCGCAU